AUGAAUAAUAAAGAACCAGAAGCACAAUCUGAGAGCAAUGGGAGCAAUGAAGGGCAUCCUGAAAGUUGGUGUAACAGACCUGAGACUCAUGAAGAGGGUGAGGAGAAAGCUGGAGAGAAUCCAGAACUAGGAAUGCCAGCUGAUUUCCAUCAAAUCCCACCUGCCCAGAUGCAAGUUAUGAAGGAUGAUGAGGAGGAAAAAUCAAAGAAACAGCCAGCUCUCCCCCUACCUCCAAAUCAAUGGGCCGAAAAAGAGGAUGGUCUGGAUGCAAUUGCCAGGAACCUGCAGAAAGAGGCAGACCGAGAAGACAAUGCAGCUGAAGAGGGUGAUCAAGGUGUUGAGGAUGCGAAGAACCAACUUGGAGAGGACUCCAACAAUGCUGAGGAGAAGGAUGAAGGUGGUUUGCUUCAAGACCUUGUUGGUGGAGGUGGGGGUGAGAAAGAGAAUGGGGUUAAGAUUGUGAAGGAGGGUGGGGCAUAUCAAGACUUCAACACAAUGCCACGAGGGAACAUGGAAGAGAAUCAUGCAAAUGUACCUCCUCCUCCCUUGGAGUGACUCAAGAUGUUGCCUCUCAUGAUCUCACUCCUCCUCUGUGGCUCAAGCUGCCAUCUGCAAGUGAUGGCUGGUUUUCCUUUCUGGACUACCUUAUUUUUUCAUCCUUUAGCUGCUUAGUAUGAGUUUUUCAGUUAGCUUAAUUCAGCCUCUGUAGCUCCAGUACCUUCAGAAUUUUUUAUUCUUUUUUAUGGCAAGUUAGGGACUUUCUUUGCUUUUAUUAAAUGAAUAUUAUGUUUAUGCAUAAUGGAACUGAAAAAUCCAUAAAAACGUUUUUUGUGCUCUGCUUUCAUGAGAAAAUUGUAAAUUAAGGCAUAAAUCUGUAAGAUUAAUUAUUGAAGAAAUGUUUGUGUACUUUGGUUUAUUGGUAUCCAGGAAAUGGUGCAGAUUGCCUCAUUCUGGGUAGUACUGUAUCAUCAUGUGUUUCUAUGAAUUGCUCACUGAUCAUCUUGAAGUUCACCUCAGAAUUCUGGAAUCUGCACCAAAUAUUCAUUUAUGCUCCUGGAAGGAUGGUAGUGUGAAAUUUAUGACUUUCUUAUAUAAAUCUCAAACAUGGUGCAACAGGAUUUCCCUCAUGAUGGAAAUCUUUGGAAUGUGCAACUUGAACAAGGAUACUCAUUGGGUAGAAAAGGGGGGG